AUGUCAGCGUCAGCGCCAGCUCUGGAACAAGGUCCAAUGACCGACAAAGUCCUCAAGGGCAUCUUCGCAUCCGACCAAGACAUGUACCCCGCGCCGCUGACCUGGGACCGCCUCCGGAGCUGGACGGCGGCGGCGCCCGAGAUGGCCACUUGUUUCUACCUCCCUGCCGGUGCCGGCGAGAGCAGCGAUGCCCCGAUACUUGUUGGCGCCGUCAUUGCACUCCCGAUCCUGGCGCCUGCGUGGCGGGAUUUGCUGACAGGAGAUGCCAAGGAGGUGGAUGUGGACGCCGGAACUAUGUUUCCUCGCGAUGGCGAUGAGCGUUCAGAGGUCGGGCUGCAUGUCUUUCACGUCGAGAGGUUCGAUGUGCCUGCGGCGCAGGGCAAGGUGCGAGGAUUCGCCGAUGUUUCGAUGCGGGCUGUCGUAGCUGCUGCAGAGAGGAAGGGAUGGUCGAUCAUCGGCUAUUCAGCACUCACAGCGACACCAGAAGGACGACGAUGCUUUGAGAAGAUGGGCUUUGAGGCAACGGGCUAUGAGGAAUUCUGGGUUGACAAUGGCCACGAGGGCGUCGAAUUAGUUACGAUUACAGCAGAUACCACACCCGAGGAACGCGAAGUGCGAGAAGCGGCGACAGUCCGAGGCCACGCGAGGAUGCUAGCAAAACACUUGCAUCCCGUCACCAAUGCUUAG